CGUUAUUGCUUUAAUAUGUAUUCAAAUACUUUGAUAAAUCUCUAUCUUAAAAUUGCUCUUUAAAAAUUACUUAGCCAAACAAAGCGAAAUCGAUCGUAAUGAAACGGACCUGUUCUUGAUUCCGCUCCAGCGCAUGCGCAGUAUUCUUCGAAAAGUUCCAUAUUGCCAUGCUUCAUAAAUAAUAUUCGAACAUACAUUUUUAUGUUCUUGGCAUUUAUUCGUGCUUUAACAUUCGUUCGAGAGUUAGCAAAUAUUUGGAAAACAUUUCAGAAAUACGUUGGUGCUUUUAAAUUAAUGCAUUUUGUAAAAAUAGUUUGUUUCAAUGCAGUUUUUAUACAGAAUCUGCGAAUGGUGGUAACCCCUAACAAUAGAAUCAUCGUAAUCAGCUGAUUGUAUUUGUAAACAAACUAAAUACUUAUUUCGAAGCAAUAAGAAAGGAAGGAGCGCAAUGGGAAAGAAACGAAACGCAAAGCAGGAAGAGAUUAUGCUCUCCUUUAUGCAGCAAAAUGAAGGAAUUGCUAAAGGUUUUUCGAAAGGCGACAGGGUUCAGAUUGAAGCGAAAUGGGCAGAACUAACCAGCUCCCUCAAUGCUGUCGGUCCGCCCUGCAAGGAUUUGGGUGGGUGGAAGAAGUCUUGGGUGGAUUGGAAGGCCACUAUCAAGAAAAAGCUGGCAAGCAACCGCCGAGAAAACAUGGCCACUGGUGGCGGCCCAUAUUCGCAGCAGGUUAUUUCCCCCACUGAAGAAGCAGUUGCGGUGGUUUGCAACCUUUACAGGGCUGUAGAAGGUAUUAGGGGCGCAAAUACUUUUGGCCACGCUUCAGUCCAAAGCGUAGUUGUCGGCGAGGAGGCCACCGACCUUGCUGCUGAAAAUGUUGGCGAUGAAAGCAACACAAGCUUUAUAGAAGUGAUUGACGAUACAAUCGAAGCCACUGGGCCACAAAGCACAUCAAGGCAGCGUCGACGUUCAACUGACGCAUUCGAAGUGGUUUGCAUUGAGCAAAACAGUAUACUAAACCGUAUUGCCAAAGUAUUGGACGAAGUGCUGGUGCAGAAGAAAAACGAGUUCAAAGUAAUGGAGGAAAAAGAACAGGAGAGGAAAAGACACUAUCAAAGAAUGGAAGAAAUAGAGCAGGAGAAAUUGGAAACGCUAAAGAAGUUUCUAUAAUGCAAAGUUAAAGUUGUGAAAAAUAUCAUAUGUUGCUGUGAAUCUGUGUUCAUUAAAUAUAAGUGAUGUGUAUAAACGUGUGUAGAUGUAGCAAAUUUCCCAGCGAAAAUUCAAAAUAAUUCCUAGUGGUAACUAAUUAUUGAAGGAAUUACGAUUACUUUUAACUAUGCAUUUCUGGUAACGCAAAAUGGUAUACAAGGCAUUACCACCUAUAAUAAGAUAAUAUUGAAGUAAUAUAUUUCUGAAACUAAAGUUAUUGCCGAAUAUUGCUGAUGAGCUUAUCAUAUGUAGGUGUUAAUGCCGUGCAUACCAUUUUGCAUUGCCAGAAAUGCAUAGUUAAAAGUAAUCGUAAUUCCUUCAAUAAUUAGUUACCACUAGGAAUUAUUUUGAAUUUUCGCUGAGAAGUUUUGCUACAUGUAGGUUU